CGUAAAUGAGUUUUUUUACAAAGAGGCGCAUGAGGCCUGCUCCUUCUGGCUCCUUGUGACAGUUGUGCUGUUGCAAAGUACUUGUCCCAUGUGCAGAGCUGAAGCAGCGGUUGCAGGUCACAUAUCCGUUGUUGUGCUCCCGUACGGGGGCGCCAUCAGCGGAACGGACAUGGAUGGAGGAGGAGUUCCUGACAAUGGAGGAGGAGGGGGAGGUGGAGGAGGAGGAGGAGGUCCUGAUGGAGGAGGAAGUCCUGAUGGAGGAGGAGGACUCGACUAUGGAGGAGGAGGUCCCGAUGGAGGAGGACGUUCGGUGGAGGAGGAGGUCUCGACGACGAUGGAGGAGGAGGAGGAGGAGGAGAAGGAGGAGGAGGAGGUCCUGACUAUGGAGGAGGAAGCGGAGGAGGAGGACUAUACAGCCGCACUCACUCAGGUCAAGGAACAGCAAGAGGCUGCCGCAACCGAAAGACUACGGCUAGCAGAGGAAGCUGCAACACAAACCCGGCGUCAAGCCGAGGUAGACUGCUUGGCGAUCGAUCAGCUCAACACCGGCAACGCUGAUCUUGUAAGUGCUAACCAAGCACAAUGGACAACGGUGCUCAACGGGAUGCGUUAUGUCGCGGUACCCGGCAGCGAGUCGACAACAGUACAGCAAGAGAGGCAAGACCUGGCAGAUAUUCUACUCCAUACAAUGCGCGCCGUCAUUUGGACCAGCUCCAUGGGGGAGCUGCAUUCCCGGUUCACACUGCAGCUGCAACACGAUCUGAGCCACAACGUGAAGAUACUUGCAGCAGCUGUCAAGGUCGUGGACAACCAGUUGAAACAGCUGGAUGGACGCAUUGCUACCUUGGAGGCAAGGCCUCCCCAAUCAGCGCCAGACUGCACACCAGAUAUGACGGACACGACGAAGCAGCUCAAUGGGCGCAUCGAUCAUGUCGUCAAUCUCAUCGGCGACAUAGGUUACCACCAGAUUGAAAUCCAGCCUCAAGACCGGUACAAGACCGCGUUCAAGACGUGGUACGGGCAUUUUGAGUGGGUUGUCAUGCCUUUUGGCCUCACCAAUGCCCCCGCGACUUUCCAAGCAGCGAUGACGACUGAGUUUCGCGACUUGCUCGAUUGCAGCGUCCUCAUCUACCUUGAUGACAUCUUGGUUUACAGUAGGACGUUGGAUGAGCACAUCGUACACCUUCGCGUUGUUUUGAAUCGUUUGCGACUAGCCAAGUACAAAGCGAACCUCGACAAGUGCGAAUUCGCCARGCAAGAGCUUGAGUACUUGGGUCAUUUUGUCACGCCGAAAGGCAUUCGUCCCUUAGCRGACAAGAUCCAAGCCAUCGUGGAUUGGCCRGAACCCCGUUGCACGACGGAUGUACGCUCUUUCAUGGGUUUGGYYGRAYAYUAYCAGCGAUUCGUCGAGUCAUACUYGAAAGUGRCCGCUCCUUUGUCGAGACUUCAGUCCCCGAAGGUGCCCUUCGAGUUCGACGACGCAGCCCGUGGAGCGUUCACUACGUUGAAGGCAGCGAUGCAAGCCGCACCUGCCCUCCGUAUAUACGACCCAACCCUAACCACCCAAGUGACUACGGACGCUUCGGGACACGGUAUUGGCGCGAUGUUGGAACAGUGUCACGAGGACAGUUGGCAUCCGGUCGAGUACUUCUCCCAAAAGGUGCCUCUCGUAAACACUCUCGGCGUCGCUAGGAAGAAAGAGUUACUCGCGUUCGUCACCGUUCUCAAACGGUGGCGCCACUUUCUUCUCGGCCGUCGGCGUUUUAAAUGGAAUACGGACAACAAUCCGUUGACCUUUUACAAAACGCARGAUACGGUCACUAGYACRAUCGGUCGAUGGAUGUAUUACAUCGACCAGUUCGACUUUGACCCGUGCCACAUUCCCGGUCCCGCCAAUCGAGCUGCGGACGCCCUAUCACGACGGCCCGAUUUUUGUGCCAUUGUGACCACGGCAUUUGACCUGGAUGACGAUGUGCAGCCGCAUUUCGUCAAAGGCUACAAGUCCGAUCCGACUUACUCUACGCUUUACGCAGAGCUUUCAUCGGAUCACCCGCCGGCUAGCCACUAUCAGAUUUCCGACGGGUUCCUUCUCCCUCACACGAGAGGAAAGGACUUGUUAGUUGUGCCCCAAGAUCGCAUGUUACGGACUCGUCUUCUCGGCGAAGUCCACGACGCACGACCUUCGACACACCUUGGCGCUGCCGACAUAGACGUCCCUUGCUCUCCCGCUUCCGCUCGGAAGUACCAGGACUUGCUGAUCAAAGCCCGCGCAAAUAUGCAAAAGGCUCAGAUCCGCAUGCAGCAACAGGCUAACCGACGUCGACUUCCAUGUCCUUUCCGCGAGGGAGACCUUAUUUGGGUCCUCUCCGAGGAAUUUGCGCUCGAGCAGGACGUUUCGCGCAAACUCCUUCUGAAAUGGUUCAGACCAUGGGAAGUCACUUCUGCCCUUGGAGCCGACCCCGCAGGUCCUUCCUUCGUGAUCAACAUUCCACCGCACCUUCCAGUGCAUCGGGUCUUCCACGCGUCGAAGCUGGCCAUCUACACGCCACCUUCAGCUGACGAGUUUCCUGGACAUCGAUCACAGGACCCGCCUUCUAUGGACGGACAUCAGGAAGUUGACCGAGUCAUCACGCACCGCAAGUAUGGCAACAAGCCAAGGCAGUACAAGGUCACAUUCAAGCAAUGUGCGCCUGAUGACACUCGAUGGAUCUCCAGUACAGAUUUGCAGACUUCUGCACCCCUCAUCUUCGCAGACUAUGAGAAGCGACGCCUUGCUAAGGAAGCAGCUCGUCCCGCCCGACCCACCCUGGUAUCGGACAGACAACUUCGCCCUCGCAGAAGGAGGAGGAGGACUUCCCGACAAUGGAGGAGGAGGAGGAGGACGUCUCGACGAGGAGGAGGAGGAGGAGCAGGUCCUGAUGGAGGAGGAAGUCCCGAUGAAGGAGGAGGAGGUCCCGACGAUGGAGGAGGAGGAGGAGGAGGAGGUCCCGACAAUGGAGGAGGAGGAGGAGGAGGUCCUGACGAGGAGGAGGAGGAGGAGGAGGACGACGAGGAGGAGGAGGAGGACGACGAGGUCCCGACGGAGGAACAAAACUUGAAAAGGCUGAAUACCAGGCUGAGAAAAGAGUGGAAAUUGCCUGGAGACCAUUUGAGGCUGAAUUUGAGAAAGGUUAUUGGAGACCCAUGUAAAAGGCAAUGGAGCAGCAAAGGAGGGAAACAAAGUCCUGUAAAAGCCAGGCUCAGAAUCCAAGGAACCAAAAGUGGAGGCAACCUCAUCGGCCAAAUUGGCAUGGCGGCCAGGGAAGGACACAGUGUGGAACUGAUAUGUUUUACAGAAGGAAGGAGAAAGAAGAGAAUGGUGAGAAUACUGCUGAACAGAGCGGAGAACGUGUUAGCGAAAACGAGGAGGCAUCAUAAGGUAGAAGAGCAGGCAAAGCCUGUCCAUCACGAGAGGAGCCAUUGUGCAUCUAAUUUGCGUCCACCUCAAUCAGGAACUGUGAUGGAUGUGGUGCUUGGUUCUGCCAACCAUGAUGCAGACGAUAAGUCGGGUGCAAGUUCACAAUGUGAGAUGCUCGCAGAGGAGAAGCCAAGGGUUGUUGAUUGGUCCAAGAACGUUUCAGCUAAUGCUGAAGUGGUGAUUUCACAGUACAGCCCUCAAGUGACGAGCCCUCAAGUGCCGAGCUCGCAGGAGGGCAGUCAAAUUGCAUCAGGGGUUCGAAAUAUCGAGGCUUCCCUAGAAGAAGAGAAUGGAAGUACAUCUGCAGCAGCGGCAGGAACUAACGAAGUCCAUGGAUCAUUUCCUCCCGCACCUGAGGCUGGGGUUAAACCUUCUGCUGUCCAGCCAAUGCGCUCUGCUGUGGUGCUGCCUCCAUCCAUCCAACCCUCCACUGUGCUACCACUUCAGUUUGGGCAGGUUUGCUGCGGAGAAUGGGACCAGAUUGUUUUUUCAGGACAUGUUUCUGCAGAUGAUGAACAUCCUGUGCAAGUGCAGCAGGAUAUGCCAGUUGCUUCCAAUCUUCAACAGGAUGAUGCAGUAGAUGAGGAGUGCGGACAUGCAGUAGAUGAGUGCCAACAUGCAGUAGAUGAGGAGCGCCGACAUGCAGUAGAUGAGGAGUGCCAACAUGCAGUAGAUGAGGAGCGCCGAUAUGUUUCGACGAGAAAUGAUGACCAAGAUGAAGGUCUCCAACUGAACACUUUCACGGCGAAUGAGCUACAACGUCAAGAAACUUGCCGUCAAGUCUUACACGAGGAACCUAGUCAUCACUUCGAUGCUUCUGAGGUGACGCCUCUGAAGCUUGGAUUGGAGGGAGUAAUUCAACAUGAGCAAGCGCAGCAUGUAAUACGUGUGCCCGUUCCCUCACAAUUAUCAAGUCAGAUGAGUCAGAUCUCGCAGAACUCCUCGUCCACAGUGCCAUUAGAAGACCGCAGAACCUCGUCACCGGCAGAAGUUGCUGUGGUUUCAGCAUCAUAUUCCCAGAUGCAGAUGAUGUCUGAUGUGACUGGUCUGCCUUACCAUCCCCAUCCUUAUUGUGCGCAGGCGUCGUCCAACCAUUCACAGCCUAACUUCUGGCAAUCGCAUCUUUCGGAAGCGCAAAUUAUGUCCUCCUCUCAUCCAACCCUGCCUCAACCACAGCAAAGUAACAUUCAUCAAACCCGUGUCCCUGUACCAUGCCAAGUUGAGCAUUUCUUCAUCCAGCAGAAUGUGGUAUGGCACCAGUAUCAAGAUUUUAACCAUCAGGCUCAGCUGGCAACCCAGCAUCCGAUUCAUCUUGCCUCUCCAGGGCACUAUCCAGACUUGCAGCCAAUACGGCUGGCACAGCCAGCACAGCCGGGUCGGCCACAUCCUUUAUACCCAGGGAAGCUUUGUAUCACUCCACAGCGGGUAUCUCAAGCACAACCACAGUUGCAUUUCACAGGGGUCCAGCUACCUGGGCAACCUGCAGGGUCCUUGCCUUCAGAAUUUAAGCAUCUGCAACACGUACACCUUGCACAGCCAAGCCCACAACUGGCUGGAUGGCAUCCGCACGUCAUCAUGUUACCGCGGCAGGCUUGGCCGUACCCAUAUGUGCGCAUGACCCCGCCAAUGGCUGGCCGCGCAGAGCAUGUGGGACACAGUUCUCACACGACAGUGGAGUCUUCAGGGUCGGAUCGACUGUCAGAGCCCAGCCUUAUGCAGGUUGCACACCCUGACAGUCAAUCUCCAUUACUGGGGAUGCAAGCAGCGGCGCAUUCCAACUUGCCACAAUCAGUAUGGUGGCAAUCUGAAGUGGAGUCCCAAUCCUUGAGUUGUUCUGUCGAUGUUCAUCACAAGGGGUCUACAAUUAGUGGAUCACAACUGCUUCCAGGAGCAGCAGCACCUUUAAAUACUUCACAUCAACUGACCGGUGAGGGUUCCAUAACCGAGGCCGAAGUUGGAUUGGGGGUAUUGAUGGGCUCAGUAUCGAAUGAGAUUGAAGAGGAACAACUUUCGCGAUUGGUAAAAGGGGCAGAAGGUUCGUCACCACCACUACUUGCUGCACAGAGUGGUCUGAAACAUGCUCUCAACACAGUUGGUCUGAACGGGGUUUUGGGCCAUAGCCACGUCAGCGGCCACACUCUGGUAGAGGGAUCGCUUCCAAGGGGAUCUGGUCCACCUUUAGACAGUGAACUUGACAGGGUUGAGGUGGAUGCCAGCAGUGCGAGAGGAGGCGGGGAGAAGGUGAUUGUGAGCAGCCAUCAUUAUGAUGGGCAUGGGAAUGAACAUGGAAGUCCUUCACAAAGGGGGGCAAGUUUACAUGUCCAAGGGCUCCACCGACAAUUUCAAAAUGGUAGUCAUCUUGAGCAAUCUGUGAUGAGCCAGCCUUUAGAAAAGCCAAGUGUCAAUGACAGCAGAGAACAGCCUAUGCUUGAGCAGGACUGGCAUCACCCAGAGCUGCCUUGUACCAGUCAGCAGCAGGCUUCCACCCAUGAGUCGUCACAACAGCUUGUUGUGACGCCUCAGGGAAAACUUGUGGAAGACGAGGAAUCGUCUCCGUGCGACAGUGCACAGCAGCGGUGCAAUGGUUAUCAGGAGCAGCUGGUGAUGUCCGAACAGGUCCCCAGGAAGGAGAAACAGAUUCAACAAGGUUCAUCAUUGGCAUCUCAACACAGUGAAUCCCUGGAGUGGGAACGACCCAGCUCGCUUCAUGGGGGGCAGGCAUCCAGACAGCAGGGGGCUUACAUGCCUUUGGGUAAGGCAGCGCUUCCGAAGGUGCAGGAAUCUCAGCAACAACGGUCUCUUGACCAACGACAGCAAGUUGCUAGGAGUCGUUACGAUCCAAUGUUGCAGCAACGACCAGCAGGUGUCCACAGUGGUAGAUCAGCUGCAAGCGGUGAGGAAGCUCGACCACCAGAGAUCUCACUCCAAGCCCACAAACUUGCGGACCCAGCGCACCAACCCCAAACUUGUGGCGGCCCGACACCCUGGGAUACGCAGAAUGCCGACACUUCUACCGUGGUUCUUUCAAGGACAGAUGCCCUGAUUGCUCAGAAUGUAAGUGCCCUCCGAAUUGGGAGUCUAUCGAGGGAGACUGGAGGUCGGGGCACUGAACGAGUUCCACUGCGUGAGCAACAACGACGCGAUCAGCUUAAACGUCUACAACAGCAGCAGCAGAGUUUGCAUUGGCCCCCUGGACAGGCAUUAGGAGAUUACAGAAGUCAGUUUGCUCUUCCAGAAGAGCUGUCUCAGCUGGACAUGGGAGGUAACCUAGUUUCUGAGGUGGAUAUGUUACUGCAACAAAAUCCAAGCUCAUCUGAAUUGGGGACAGUUAGUGAUGAGAUCAAAGACCAACUCCCGCUUGUAUCAGAGCUCAUAAUGGAUGGCUUGCACAGGAAUACCCCCUUGGCUGGUGAUGCCUCCUUUGCUUCAAUACAGCAGCAUGCCACAAUAAAUCCGCUGGUAAGGCCCGAACCGUGGAAGACUUUGCAUGGGGCUGAGACUGCAGGGAAAUCGCUAGGGAACCAUGCUCCUAGCAUUGUGGAUGGACUUCAGCGAUGGAAAGAUGUGCUCGUCAGUGGCAGAGAAGAUGCCAUCCAGAAGAGCAAUGGAGAUGGCGAAACAUUACCAGAGGAGGAGAAGAACAUUGAGGCUUUACUUGGCAUGCUCGCGGUGGACAAGGAGCGGACAGGUGCCGGUUUUGAGGGCUUCAACAAUAGAGUUCGUAGUUCCGAUGCCAUCAAAGACGAAUGCGUUAUGGGGAACGAGGUGGCGUUUGCUCCAAGCUCAAUGCCAUGUUCUUUGCAGUCUGCAGAACAGCAAGCUGUUCACAGAAGGGGGUCCUUGACGACGGUGGAUGGUGAUCCAAGGAGGCCAGGGAUUGAAGCAGAGGCUGCCUGUAAAGAGGAUCGGAGGUCUGCAGAGCAUAUCACAUCACCUCCUGCCCACCAGAAGCCAGGACUUUUACCAACUCCGGUGCAGGGGAUGCACUCGAAGGCAGAGCAGCAGCAGCACAUCUCUGCAGGUUCGAUGGAAUGGAGUGUUCAGACGCGAGGACGUCGUAAUAAAUACCAUAAUAGACAAAGGACUAUUGCUGCAAAGGAGCAGGGCCAGGACCACAAUCACUACCCGACACCGGAGCAUGGGCAAAAUGCGUACCAGCAACAGCAGCAGUCAACUCAGCUGGUGCUAGAAGCACGAGAAGACGAUGAUGCCCAAUUUAAAGAAGACAUUGAGAGAGCCAUCUCUGAGAGUCUAGCAACUGCAACAGCGACCGUGGAAGUAGACCAUGGCGAUCCUCCAAAGAAUUUCAGCUGGGACGGAGGGGGUUCACCCAUUGCAAGGACACUGAGGAAUGGACAGCCUGGAGAGAGUGGUGGCUUGAAUGAAGAGGCAGGGGAUCCUCUGCAGCAAGAGCAUGUGCAGAUGGUGCCGGGCAAAGGCCUCGCUAAUGAAUUUGGGCAGUACAAUUGCUUCCUUAAUGUUGUUAUCCAGUCGCUGUGGCAUAUUCCAGUUUUCCGGAACGUUUUCGUGUCUCAAGAGCAACAUCGAUGCAUUGGCAGUCCUUGCGUCGUAUGCGCCUUGAAGGAUAUCUUUGUUGCACUCAGGCUUCAACCAAAGGACAGCUCGUGCCAGGAACCGACUAUUUCGCCGACGUCUCUUCGCCUUGCUCUCUGUGCAUUGGGUUCGAAGCAGAAUCGCUUCCAAGAGGGUCAAAUGCAUGAUGCAUCGGAGCUUCUCCUUUUCCUAUUUGAGUGUCUUCACAACGCUUUCACUCUCUAUAUCGUACCAGAACAAGGAGUGGACUUGUUGGAUGGCUUUGAUUCUGGCAGGAGUACGGGCUUCAACGAUUGGGAAUGCAAGGUGGUUGAUGAUGAGGCUAACAAGGAAAGGUGUCUGGUUCAUUCCCUUUUCGGUAUGGACGUCUUGGAAAGGAUGCACUGCUCAUCAUGCAGGUUACGGUCACGGCAGCUGAAGUACACAACCUUUUCACAUAAUGUUAAUGCAAAGCAAUUGCGGACAGCAAAGCGGGUACAGGCAUUUACGGACGCCGUCGCCACCGCUAAAGCACAGCAGGAGGCAGCAGAGGCGGAACGUCAGCGGCUGGCCAAUGAGGCGGCAGCCCAAGCUCAGCGGACUGCUGAGGCUGAUGCAACGGCUCGAGGCAAACGGAAUGACGCCAGCGCUGAGUCCCUGAUUCAAAAUGAGAAUCAGUGGACAAUGCUACUCCAAGGCAUGAUCUUUGUGCCUACGGACGCGCAGGCGGAUCCGACAUUGGCGGAGGCAGAAAGGAGUAACCUGGCUAACCUGAUGCUGGGCAUGAUGAGAGCGGUAAUGUGGAAUAACACAAUGCUGCAGGUACACCUGCUCACGGAACGACAGCUCAGACAGAAGCAGCCGGAAGAUACUGCCGCCUUAACAGCUGCCGUCUGCGCCGCAGCAACACAGCAGCAGCAACAGCAACAACUGUUGAACUCCACUGUCACACGCGUCAACAGCAUCGAGGCUCAGGCCUCAGCAGUGCCAGGCUGCACGACAGACACGGCGAAGCAGCUCGGGGAGCGCAUCGACCAUGUCGUCAAUCUGAUCGGCGAACUAGGUGACUUCACUAGUCCGACCACAAUCAGCAGCACUGUGGCCGCCAUCAAGACGGACAUCACCAAGCUGCAGUCACGACCGGACGCCGCUUCAAAGGCAUACAAGAUGCCGCGCUUCAACAUCGGCAAGUUUGACGACUACAACAAGACGGACACGUUGACAUGGUGGCAAGGUUUCCUCACGGAAGCAUCCUGCCACUCUGUACCGACCGAAGACAUGAUGAAAGCGCUCUACCUCCAACUCAUUGGAGGAGCACAAGCCUGGAUGAACCAUACGGCGGCCAAUCUGAAAUGCACCAUCGCCCAACUGCACACACACAUUCCGUGGAAGCAGUUCGAGCAAAUGUGGUUCACUCGAUUCAUGGUCCGCAAUGUUGUAAAGGCGGCCAUGAGCGACGUCUACUCCAGCUCACAAGGGAACAUGCCAACUCGAGACUGGACGAUCAAGUGGCAGAAGAUAGUAACCACUCCAGGCUUCGACUUGAGUUUCCCAAACCAACGAUCCGGGUUUUUUUCGCAAUCGUGCGCAGGACUGCGGACGACACUCGGCAACGAGUAUGACUAUGCCUCAUUCCAGGCUAUUCUGGAUCGUGCGAACCUGGUCAUCCAAACGGAUGACAAGGCCGCCAACGAACGACAGUCCCAGCCGCACUAUGUGGCUAAGCAAGGCUACCAACGGCCGACACAUAACAAUGCCGUGAUUCCUGACGAAUCAAUCGAUCUCCACGCUGCAGCAGCAUCCUCGAGUGAUGGAGGAGUUGUCGCAGCGCUCCCGCCGAAGCGUCCCAAGAGAGUUUGGAAGAACAAGGCGACACAAGCGACGACAUCGACGGAAACUGGGCAGCAACCAUGGACGGCAUACAACAUUACCAAGGAAGUAUUUGACCUCCGUCAACGGCCGCAUUGUAACGCCUUGAUGGCAAAUCUACGCUCCUAUUUGCACGCUGCAAUACCAGCUCCGUCGACGGACGACGGAGUAGUGGUUGUCGAUCUCCGCGCCUAUCUCGCGAAGAUUGACCGCGAGUAUGCCACCCAAAGGUACUCCGAGACCGAUGCGCCUUUGCUCUAUAUCCGCAUUCAAAUCGGAAAGGCAACUUGCAAUGCCUUGAUUGAUUGCGGAGCAUCUCGCAAUUUCAUGAGCCAAGCCUUUAUGGCCCGCGCAGGCCUUGGCCCGCGCGUUCGAAGGAAGACGCAACCUAUGCAAGUUACACUCGCGGACUGCCGCAUGAAAAAGUCAAACGACCGAUGCGUUGACGGCAUCCCAGUAUACUUUGCGCCCCUUGCGUGCGAGCCGGUGUCUUUUGACAUCCUCGACACCAAGCUUGACAUGAUUCUAGGCAUGUCUUGGUUGCAUAGCGCCGAUCAUCCGGUGAACUUUCAUGACCGAACCGUUCACGUCCGUGAUUGGAACGAAGUGUUAGUCCCAUGUUCGGUCGCGACCCUUCACACUUCGAUUGCUUCUCACGUGAUUUCCGUUGCGAGAAUUCUCGACGCCAUAGCUCGAAACGACGUCGAGGAGAUGGGCCUUGUAUUCUUACCUGCCCUCCCCUCGGCGGACGGACCAGCCGCGUCGCCGCCGGACCCGCGUAUUACCCACCUCUUGGAUGAAUAUGGAGACGUUUUCGAGGCUCCCACCGGAACGGUUCCAGAUCGGCCCAUACGUCACGGGAUCACUCUCGAGGUGGGUGCCGUCCCUCCGCGUGGAUGCAUUUACCGCAUGAGCGAAGAGGAACUCGAGGUGCUUCGCGCACAACUCGAUGAUCUUCUCGACAAGGGUUGGAUUCGCCCUAGUUGCUCGCCAUACGGUGCACCGGUUCUCUUCGUUCGGAAGAAGAACAAGGACCUACGGCUGUGCAUUGACUAUCGAAAACUUAACGCACAAACCGUUAAGAACGUCAGCCCUUUCCCUGGGAUUGAUGAUCUCCUCGAGCGGUUGGGCGGCGCGACGUACUUCUCGAAGUUCGACUUGAAGUCAGCAGCCAAGUACAAAGCAAAUCGCGACAAGUGCGAAUUCGCCAAGCAAGAGCUUGAGUACUUAGGCCACUAUGUGACGCCGAAAGGCAUUCGUCCCUUAGCGGACAAGAUCCAAGCCAUCGUGGAUUGGUCGGAACCCCGUUGCACGACGGACGUACGCUCUUUCAUGGGUUUGGCUGGAUACUAUCAGCGCUUCGUCGAGUCUUACUCCAAAGUUGCAGCUCCUUUGUCGAGACUUCAGUCCUCGAAGGUACCAUUCGAGUUCGACGACACAACUCGUGGCGCGUUCAAUACGUUGAAGGCGGCGAUGCAAGUCGCACCGGCCCUCCGUAUCUAUGACCCCACCCUACCCACCCAAGUGACUACGGAUGCUUCCGGGUACGGUAUUGGUGCGGUGUUGGAACAAUGCCACACGGAUGGUUGGCACCCGGUCGAGUACUUCUCCCAAAAGGUGCCUCCCAUCAACACUCUUGACGACGCUAGGAAGAAAGAGCUACUCGCGUUCGUCACCGUUCUCAAACGGUGGCACCACUUUCUUCUCGGUCGUCGGCGUUUUAAAUGGAACACGGAUAACAAUCCGUUGACCUUCUACAAAACGCAGGACAUGGUUACUAGCACGAUCGGUCGAUGGAUGUAUUACAUCGACCAGUUCGACUUUGAGUCGUGCCACAUUCCCGGUCCCGCCAAUCGAGCAGCGGACGCCCUCUCACGAGGACCCGAUCUUUGUGCCCUCCUGACCACGACGUUCGACCUCGACGACGAUCUGCAGCAGCAUUUCGUCAACGGCUACAAGUCCGAUCCGACGUACUCUGCGCUUUAUGUGGACCUAUCAUCGGAUCACCCGCCGGCUGGCCAUUAUCGUAUCUCCGACGGGUUCCUACUUCUCCACACGAGGGGAAACGACUUGUUAGUGGUGCCCCAAGAUCGCCUCCGCCAGCAUUUUCGACACACCUUGGCGAAAUCCACGACGCACGACUUUCGACACACCUUGGCGUGAACUGCACCUUGGCUCGCCUCCGCCAGCAUUUUCACUGGACCGACGUCCUUCAUGACGUCACGAGGUACGCAGUUUGCCAUCGUAACAAAGGUCGAUCUACGGU